AUGGAUUUGCCCAUCUUCAAGAAAUGCCCCGAUCCCACUCUGGAAUAUUACAAGUCCCUCCUUGAAGGAUGGGACAAGCACUCAAAUGGGCGCAUUGAUCUCCAACCGAAACCCUCUCUGUCCUUCUUAUUCGGGGGCGUCGGCGACGCUCGCCAUGCGUAUGGGACCUUCAUCGACAUCCAUCGCCAAUUCAGGAAGUUAGAUCCUUCCAAGAAGGCGGAUGUGCGCAUUCAUCUGACACUUUUGGACAUACACCCUGCGGUACUCGCGAGGGGCCUGUUAAUCCUGAGCUUGCCUCACAAAUUGACCGAUGAGGGUCUGCACAAGACUGAAAGGCUGGAGAUCCGAGCCACGGUCUUCCAUGCCUUCUGCGGAUAUGUCAUGCCAGGGCCUUGUCAUGACAUGUAG